AUGUCCGCCAAGAAGACAGUCUGUAUUCUCGACCCCUACCACAAGGACGCCGUGGCAUUGCUGCAAUUCGAACCAGAUCUCGAGGUCGUACCGCCCGAUGAUACCAGAAAGUCGCACUGGCGGGAAAUCGCCGAUGGAAUCCUGGUCCGCUCUGAGACGCGCAUCACCGCCGAGGACUUGAACGCAGCAUCGCGACUUCAGGUCGUGGUGAAGCAAGGUGUCGGCGUCGAUAACAUCGACCUUGACGCCGCGAAAGAGCGCGGCGUCGCGGUCCACAACACACCGGCCCUCAACUCGGAAGCCGUUGCGGAAUUGUCGCUUGCGCUGGCCCUGUCCCUCAGCAGGCGAGUCACGGAGCUAGAUCGCCGCAUCCGAGGCGGCGAACGAGUCGUGCGCAGCAAUGCACUGGGCAUGAGCCUCUUCAGAAAGACGGUCGGCGUGGUGGGCGUGGGCAACAUUGGGCGCGCAGCUGCACAGAAAUGGAUCGGCGCAUGCGAAGCCAGCGUCAUCGGAUACGACCCUGUGGCCCCAGACGGCAUCUGGCCUGACAUCCCCCACAAGCGCGUGGCAUCUCUGGACGAGCUUCUGCGAACGGCGGAUGUGGUUACACUGCAUGUGCCGCUCAUGCAGUCAACCCGGGGGCUGAUCGGCGCGCAGGAGCUUACGUUAAUGCGAGACAACGCCAUACUCAUCAACGCCGCGCGAGGCGGGAUCGUGGACGAGGCGGCGCUCCUACAUGAACUGCGAAAAGGUCGUCUAUGGGGUGCGGUUCUGGACGCUGUGGAAAAGGAACCGCCUACGUUGGAAGAGCAUCGCGAGUUCUUGGACUUGGACAAUGUCAUCAUGACGCCGCACAUUGGCGGGUCGACGAUGGAGAACCAGAGUGAAAGCGGAAAAGCCGCUGCCAGAACAUUAAUGGCCGUUCUGCGAGGCGAGACGAGUGUUGGCGGUAAGCUAGUGUAA